AUGGACGUUCAAUUCCAAAUUCGGCAAAAUGCCAUGGAAAUGCAAGAGUACAUGAAGGACCUGUUCGACUGGCAAAAGUCAAUAAAGAAGAAGGAGAGAGCCCUCGUCGCCAGCGCUUCUUCAGGAGAUUCGCAGCGGUCCACGGCCCCCGCUCCGCGAGGCCGCGCCAGCGGGGCAGUCGCAACCCCAACCGCGGAGCUCAUGCAACCCGCGAUGGGGCCCAAGACCCGUGGCACGGUAUCCACAGCCCCUUCUGCAGCCAAAGCCAGUCAAGGCACUUCGAGUGCUGCAGCCGACAAGAAAACCGCAGCAGCGCAUACCUACACCUCGUACGGAAAGUGGGACAAAUUUGACGUUGACGCGGCGCUUGCCUCAGACGACGAUGAGCAGCAACCAAACAACGCUGCAACAUCUAGCAGCAAGAAACGAUCCCAGCCGGAUGCUGCUGCAGGAGCAGCAGCUGCCGGGGGCUCCAGCAGCAAACCCAACGAGGAUCUGCUCAAGCCCGUUGCCACCACCCGCCUAACGAAGCCCGGCGGUGUGGCUGGCGGCGGCGGCAGCACAGCGCCACCACCAGCGCCAGCAGCGUCGCCGCAGCUCCCCAAACCCCCCGCAGACCCCCGUACCCCCGCGACGGAGCUGCCGCCCAUCCGCAACAGCCAGCCCACCACCGCCGACGCGUGGCGCGCUCGUGGCAACGACCUAUUCAAGGCCGGGCAGUACGACAGCGCAUACGAGUGCUACAGCCGAUCUGUGGAGCUGCAGCCCACGUGCCUGGGUCAUGCCAACCGGGCCAUGGCGCUGCUCAAGCUGAGGCGGUGGCAGGAAGCGGUGGAGGACUGCACCCGCGCGAUUGAUCUGGACCCCUCCUACGUGAAAGCCUACCAGCGCCGCGCCGCUGCCCAUCGCCAGCUGGGGGCCUCGCUAGACGCAGCGCGGGACUGGGAGCAGGCGCUGAGACUGGAGCCGGAGAACCGCGCGAGUGCGGCCGAUCGGGACUCCUCAGUGGAGCAGCUGCUGACAGAGCAGAAGCUACAGCCGCCGUCGCGGCGCGUCUCGGUGCCCAUUCAGUGGAAGCUGCCGCCGGCGCCGGCGGCCGUGCAAGCGCAUCCGGCGCACGCGCCGGCGGCGGCGGCGCAGCAGGACGCCGCGAGCACUGCAACGCCUGGCGGAGGCGGGGCAGCCAGGACAGCGCGGGGAGCAGCGGCCCCUGCCGCGGCGGCGGCAGCCGCCGCCGCCGCUGCUGCCGCCGCCGCGAAAGGUGUCCCGCGCACCAGCGUUGAGUUCGAGGGUGCAUGGCGAGGUAUGGCAGGCGAUGUUCGCCGCCAGGCAGCCUACCUGGCUGCCAUACCACCUGCAAGCCUGCCAUCCAUCUUCAAGAACAGCCUCACGGCGCCUGUACUGGCGUCGCUGGUCCGGUGUCUGCUAGCUGCCAUGGCGCUAUCACCGGCGGACGCCAUGUCACCGCCAUCGCCAUCUUCCCCUUCCGCAGCGGCAGGCAUGACCCGGGUGGCUCGGUUCGACCUGAUGGUGAUGUCUUUACCGCCCAGAGAAAAACAGGAACUACGUGCUGCGUGGGACGUCCUGCUUUCGCAGCUACGGCUGCGGCGGAGCGCUAACGGGGCCGAGGGCGCGGUCGGUCGCCAGCGACCACUACAAAACUGGCAGAAUAAGCUCCCCGGGGGCCUCCAACUGCCAACGGUCAUCACCAUUGGUAUCUGCUUCCUCCGCAUGGGGAGGGAACCGGAUACCACGUUCCAAGUGCCUAUCAUCGCUCGAACGGCUGUGGCAUCGCCGCCACCGGGGCAGCUGUCGGUGACGGGAAUGGCGAUCACGGUGAUUGUGUGGGACAUCCUCCCGGCGACGAUCUGUUCUGCUCUGAUGGUGUUGGUAAUCUUGGUGGUAAUGGCGACGGUGGUGGUGGCUGCUGAACGGCUGG